AUGCAUCCCACGCCGUGUCAUCUUCAUCACACGGUCGGCGAUGUUGAGGGCGACCUGCCGGCGCGGCAGGGAGAGUGUCUUGGCGUUGAGCGGCACCAGGAGCGCGUGGGCGCCCAGCAUCAGCCGGAAGAUGUCCAGCCGAUCGGCCAGCGCGAGGCGCGCUCGCUCGCGCUCGAGAAGACCUACGUGCACGAUGUGUACCGGCAGAAGGCGCGCCAGUUCACGGAGUCGCGCCACCGGCCGUGGCCGCGGGUGCGCCAAUUCCUGGCGGAGCUGGAGCCCGGCUCGCUCGUCUGCGACGUCGGCUGCGGCGACGGCAAGUACCUGACGCUGAACGCUGACGCCUUCUUCGUCGGAGCCGACCACUGCGAGCGGCUAGCGUCGACGGCGGCACAGCACACCCGCCAGCAGGUGGUGGUGUGUGACGCGCUGGGCCUGCCGUUCCGAGACGAGUCUGCGGACGCGGCCGUCUCUGUGGCCGUGAUCCAUCACCUGGCCACCACCGAGCGCCGCGUGCGCGCCCUCCGCGAGCUGGCCAGGGUGCUCCGGAUCGGGGGGCGGCUCAUCGUCACCGUCUGGGCCAUGGAGCAGCGCACCAGGAAGUUUGAGUCGCAGGACGUGCUGGUGCCCUGGGACCAGUCCCACUCGCUCAGCAGCACCGAGAGGUCGUCGGCGGCCGAGCCGGAGGCCGUGUCCACCGCCUCCGAUGAUGACCUGCUCGCCUACCACGCCUUCACCCAGAACAGUGACAGCGACUCGACCAAGUCGACCAGGUUUCAGAGCCGUCGCGUGGGCCGGCGGCCGCGGCGCGCGCGGGCCAUCGACGCCACCAUGGCCAGCUCCUCUCAGAGCUCCUCCGACCUCUCGUCACCGAGCGAGUCGUGCUACAGUUUCGUGCGGCGGGCGCUCCAGAAGCUGGCUCGGCGUCACGAGAUGGAGCAGGGUCCGUCACACCUGCUCACCGCACGCCCGAGCAUGCUGGACGCCAAGGCGGAGAACGCGGCGGCUGACGACCACCAGCUGAUCGAGAUCCGCCUGGACGAUGACCCGCUCAACGCUGGCAAGUCGCGCAGCGUCGGCGACGUGUGGAGCCUGCUGACGGCGUCGAUCCGCGCCGGCCGCCGCUGCCCUUUCGACGGCGCCCGGCUGGAGCGUUCCGAGAGCGGUGCGCCACUCUUCGCGACGGCGCACGCCGCGCGCCCCAGGAAAUCGGUCACGUUCUCGACGAGGUCGUUGACGCUGCCGCGCGAGCGGCCGGCUGCCAGCGCCAUCACGGAGAAGUCGAAGAGUGACAGUGUGCUGGACGCACGCGUGCGCUCGAGCGAGCUGGCACGGGGUUCGCUGACCACCGUGCCGGAAAACGCGGCCCGCGAGGCUGGCGAGGAGGCGGCCGAGGUGCCGGUCCGCCACAAGCCGGCACUCGUGCGCCAGCAGUGCUGCCAGGAGGCGCCCCAGCAGCCUCGCCAGCAGCCGGCCGGCCCGCCCGUGCUGCCCGUCAUCAAGCAGACAUCCUUGAAUGAGAACCUGAUGCGGCGGGAGAGUAGUGAUGAGCGCGAGGCCAUCCAAGCGCAAAUUCGGAAACAGCGAAGUCUCAACGAGAAUGCCAUUUACGGCAAGCUGGCGCACACUCAGCCGGUGCCUCGCGGGGGUUUCCUCGCCAAUUAUAAACGGUUGAGGAUUAUCAGGGAUAGUUUGGGUAAGCUGAGCGAGAGCUUGGAGCGAAUCACGGAGAACGAGCCGCCAGGCCUGUCGCUGAAGAAUGGGAUGGUUCAAAUGGAGCGUCAGUGGACUGAUGAAGGUGUGCUUCCAACAGAAAACGAGAGCACCUGUGCCAUUCAGCUGGAUCAUGCCCCGAAACAGGAACGCCCAGAUGGCGUACCUGACGGGGCAGAGCCAGAAAUCACCAGCGACGAGACACCUUCUGUAAGAAUCACCACGGACAUGGACGAUGCGCAGCCUGCGGAUCCGGUUUCCAAAGCCGGUCUGGUGCCGCCCUGCGCCCGGCUGGACCGGCGCUCGCUGUACCGCUACUGCUCGCGGGAGCGCAAGGCCUCGCGCGAGGAGAGCUCGGACAGCUCCAAGGAGAGCAGCUUCCAGAGCGACACCAGCCUAGACUCGGAGGACAGUUGCGUGUCCGUCAUCUUCGUGCCGAAGCCGGGGCAGGCGGAGAGCGGAGCCGAGCCGCGCAGCCGCUCUCUGUCCAGGCACGGCGCGGCGCCGCCGGCGGCCACUCAGCUGGACGUGCCGACUGCCUGCCGGCCCGCCCGGCUGAGGCAACCUUCCCCGCCGGAGCCGCCCGCCUGCCGCCAGCCCACCGGCGCCCACUGUGCUUGGGUCACCUGCCAGGCGGGCGUCGACAACAACAACAGCUCGCGCACGCUGCCCUGCGCCGGCCAGGGUGAGGUCGGCUGCGCCCUGGCCAGCACGCUGGCGGCCGCCGGCCCGCCAACUGAGAGCGUCAUCAACAAUAACGUCCGCGUGGAGAUGUGUCCGCCGGCCGGGCUGGCAAUGCUCGACCGACCCUGCCUCAACACCACUAAUGAGGCGUCCACGCCGACCGGCAUGGAGCCGGUGCCGCGGCCGGGCGUCAGCGGGCUCGUCUCUUCGCUGGUCCUUGACGAGAGCAUGGAGAUCAUUCGCCGACCGGGCGUCCAGGGCGUGCGCGGCGCGGCGGCCGCGCGCCGCGCCGCGCCCUCCCUUCUCACCUUCGAGGUGUUCAACCCGGAGACGGACGACCUGGACAGCGAGAGCUCGUGCGCCAGCAGCAGCGCCAGUAGCGCCUGUAGCGUCGAGCUGCUGGAGCUGGACCGCGAGAUCGAGCUGCAGGCCUGCCACGGCACGGAGCUGGACCGCGAGACAGAACUGCACGGGCCGGAACUGGACCGCGAGACAGAGCUGCGCGGGCCGGAGAUGGACCGCGAGACAGAGCUUCAUAGGCCGAGACUGGACCACGAGACAGAGGCCGACCGUGAGACAGAGCUGCGCGGGCUGGAGCUGGACCGCGAGACAGAGCUGCGCGGGCCGGAGCUGGACCGCGAGACAGAGCUGCACGGGCUGGAGCUGUACCGCGAGACAGAGCUGCGUGGACUGGAGCUGGACCGCGAGACAGAGCUGCACGGGCCGGAGCUGGACCGCGAGACAGAGCUGCGCGGACUGGAGCUGGACCGCGAGACAGAGCUGCGCGGACUGGAGCUGGACCGCGAGACAGAGCUGCGCGGACUGGAGCUGGACCGCGAGACAGAGCUGCGCGGACCGGAGCUAGACCGUGAGACAGGGCUGCGCGGACCAGAGCUGGACCGCGAGACAGAGCUGCGCGGGCCGGAGCUAGACCGCGAGAUCGAGGUGCUGAUGUUCCAGGAGGCGACACGUCCGCGCGGUCGCCGCAAGGUGACGCUGGCGCGGCUGGACGCGCCGGCGCUGGCUCAGGUGCUGGAGGAGGGCGGGGCAUUCGGCCACCACCGCUACUACCACGUGUUCCGCGAGGGUGAGUUGGACCGGCUGAUCGAGAAGUACGUGGAUAAUCUGCAUAUCAUCUCAUCCUACUACGAUCACGCUAACUGGUGUGUCGUGGCCGAGAAGGUGCAGGUGUGGACUAUCUAGCAUGUUGGGCGGCCGCCUCCGAGUCAGCCUACGUCCCACGGCCCCGGUGUUGCGGUGGCAGGAUUCGUCAGCACUGGCUAGAUGGUGGCGUUGUCCCAUGUGGAUCAGAAGAAGAAACGGAACGUGAAGCGACACGGGUAUCCUCAAACAAAUUUCAAAGGUCUCAGCAACUGAAAUAACUGAGCAUAUACACGAUUGUGCCAGCUUCCGUUGAAUCAACGGGAAUUUCUGUUCGGGACCCGGUUUUAGACGGAGUUUAACCGGUCAGGUCACGCUUGCCAUACCGAUAACCGGGCUGCUCGGCCAUGCGCUGUGUCUCUGCUGGUAAGAUCCAAUGCGUCUUCGUUAUAAAUUGUGGUCAUGCUGUACGGCGCGUGAGUAAAUGCUUACACUGAUUGAAGGAUGUGGGGCCGAAAAAUGGCUGGAGCCUCCGAAAAAUGACAAUAAGCGGCUGGAAUCCUGUGGUACCAAGAGCAGGAUGCUCAGCAUGAGCGCGUGUCCCAGCUAGAGAUAUUUUACGCUGAGAGCUCCCUUUGUGUUUACCCUCCAGCGUUGUCAGUUAACUAUACCAUUGCACACAUAAGCCAGGCGUUAGAGGAGAUACGCAAUAACUUGAGCAUAAACAUCACGACGCUGAGGGCACGGACAUGGGGUCGCCUACUGGACACUCGCCUACACCUACGCCUACGCCUACGCAGCCUGGCAUCGCAAGCCGACCUCAGCCUUUUAACAGACCUGGCCUCAGGGCUCAGUUCCUCAUUGGCAAAGUACCGUUACCUAUGACGUCGCCAGUGUCCACGUCACAAGCAAGCGAUUGUACCCCAAGAUGUAGGAUUUGUUGUGACGCACCUUCCUUUGGCGUUAUAGAUUAUUACUUGUAGAUAGCAUUUGGCAAUGGAGAAGGUGGCCGCGGCCUUUUUAAAAGACAACAUGACACACGUCGUGGCGCGCCCUGCUAUGGAGACCCAACGACUGCAGACGUCAUAUCAGCGCUCAGGAA